AUGCCUUGGAAGCGACUCAUUCGCUACACAUCGGCCAAAGAUGGCAACGUACGUUACGGCGAGCCGAUCGUGAACGACAAGGACGACAUCGAUGCGUUGGCCCAAAGCGGCAGUCUCAAGGUCAAGAUCCUCGAAGGACCAACGGCCGUCUUGGCCAAGCCGACAGGCGAGGAAGAUGAAGUCAAGACUCUUCUAAGCCCACUCACAUCGGCGGAAGUACCAUUCGUUCGAUGUUUAGGAUUGAACUACAAAGAGCACAUCCUCGAAACCGGCUUCGAUCUCCCCGAGAACCCCACGAUCUUCAUUAAAUCCCCCGAAUGCGUCGCCGACACCCGCGCACCGACGCCGAUCCACAAAAUCGCCCAGAAGACCUGCGACUACGAAGGCGAGCUUACCAUCGUCAUCGGGCGGGAUGCGCUCAACGUCUCACCAGAGUCAGCGUUGGACUACGUCGCCGGCUACGUCGCCGGCAACGACGUCUCAUGCCGGGACUGGCAGAUGGAGAAGUCCAAGGCGGGGAUGAUGCCCCAGUGGUGUUACUCCAAGUCAUUCGAUCGCUAUGCGCCGCUGGGCCCGGCGAUCGUGAGUGCGGAGAUUCUGGGUGAUGCUAAGGGGUUGGAACUCGUGACGCGGGUCAACGGUGAAGAGCGUCAGAGGGCGAAUACGAGUGAUCUCUGUUUUGGAGUUCGCGAGAUCGUUUCGUUCUGCUCGACGGGUCAGACGCUGAAGGCGGGAAGUUUGAUCAUGACGGGGACGCCUGGUGGUGUGGGAAUUGGUUUCAAGCCGCCGAAAUACCUUCAGGAUGGUGAUGAGGUGAGUGUCGAAAUCUCGGGAAUUGGAAAAGUGGUCACGACCAUGAAGUUUGAAUAAAUGAAAUGUCGU